AUGGAAAUUGAAGAAAAUAGGAGAAUUUUGGAAAUGCAAAAUUUACCUUACGUCCAAGUAAAAGUACCUGAAGUUCUUCCUGCUGUUGAAACAGAAAACCGAGCAAAUAUGUGUGUUGCUUGUCUUGAUGCGGAAAUUAAUCACGCCUUGUCUCCAUGUGGACUUAAAUCUUUAUGUUUAAUGUGUUUAGAAUCAUUAGUUUCAGAACACUGUCCAAUAUGUAACAGUAUAUUCACUUCAAAUUUACGCAUUUGGUAG